AUGAGCACUCCAGCGCACACCGCCAUCAUCAACGCCAUCCCGGCCGCGUUUGACGCCGCGAAAGCGUCGGGCGAUCUGCUCUUCUUCGACUCUCAGAUCCGCCAUCACCGUGACUGCGACCUCAACUUCCGCCUGACACUCUGCCCCGCGCUUCUGCACAAGCCCAAGCCUUCGUCAGAUGCGUCUGCAGCAGACGAGAAGAAGAAGGACCCUUUUGCGCCGCCAUACGUCGAGAAGCUCCACGUUAGUGAUCUCACGGACGAGGUCGAAGGAGACGAGUAUGUCGUAUUGUUGAACAAGUACUCUGUCAUUCCGCAUCACUUCCUGUUAUGCACAAAAGACUUCCAGAGCCAGAAUGCACCGCUUAACCCGUCGGAUCUAGUUCAGGCGUACGCGCUGUUGUUGGCCGCCAACAAGGCCGGGCAUAACUACUUCGCCUUUUACAACUGCGGACAAGAUAGCGGUGCCAGUCAGGCGCACAAGCAUCUUCAGUUCAUUCCCGCUGAUGAGGACGGCCCUCCGAUCGAGGAGCUCGCGAACACGCAUGAUAUCGACAAAGAGGACAAGGCUUUUGCGCUACCCAGUCUACCUUUCGCACACCACAUCCGGCGAUUUGAUCUCUCUCCGAAGGCCUCGCACGAUGCAAUCGACCGCGUCUUGACAGGCGCAUAUGUUGCGUUACUUGACCUGGUCAUCUCGACCAUCCGUGCUUCGCCAGACCACCCGCUUGGAACGCCAUCGUAUAACGUCGUUCUCACGCGCCGACAUCUCAUCCUCGUCCCUCGUUCGAAGGAGAACGCGGUCAUCUCGGCCACGGGCGAGGAGAUAUCCGUGAAUGCGCUUGGAUUUGCUGGAAUGCUGCUUGUCAAGUGCGAAGAGGAGAUGGAUGCUGUUAUCAAGGAGGGCCCGGCGAAGAUUCUGUCGAGCGUUGGUUGUAAGAGCAUACAUGAAGAGCAGAUUAGAGGUGGUCCGGAGCUGGAUGGAGAUAUUGACGGGAACUAA